GUGCGCUGAAGACACUGCUGGACACGAUCACGCAGUGGACUUCAAAGUUCCGCAACGGCUUCCAGACGCUCAACCAAUUUUUGAAAUUUCCAAUCACCCAUACAGCAUUUCUACCAAUGGGCUCCACAACACCGGCCACUGUCCGCGUUGCGGUCACGCAACACGAGCCAGUCUGGCUAGACCUUCAAGCCACAAUCGAUAAGACAGUCGAGAUCAUCAAGGAGGCAGCGGCAGAAGGUGCAAAGCUGGUGACAUUCCCAGAAUGUUGGGUGCCCGGCUACCCAGCGUGGAUCUGGAGCCGACCGGUGGACUUUGACCUGGGCGUGAAGUAUGUCCAGAAUUGUCUGAAGGUCCAAAGUCCAGAGAUGCAGCGCAUUCGUGAUGCCGCCGCCGAGAGUCAGAUUAACGUAGCCUUGGGCUUCUCGGAGCGAGAUGGAGAUUCCCUAUAUAUUGCACAAGCCUUAAUCGACGAAUCUGGCGAGUUGAAGAUGACCAGACGAAAGAUGAAACCCACCCAUAUGGAAAGGACAGUCUUCGGUGACGCAACGGGAGGAAGCUCCUGCUUGUCGAAAGUUGUUGACAUUCCGGAAGUCGGGCGAGUAGGAGGACUCUCGUGCUGGGAGCACAUUCAGCCGCUACUCAAGUACUACACAUUCGCCCAGAAUGAGCAAAUCCAUGUCGGAGCCUGGCCACCUCUUGACGGCUUCAUUGAGGGCAGCCCAGGCUUCUACAGCAUGUCGAUCGAGGGCUGCCGGAAUGCAUCGCAAGCGUAUGCUAUAGAAUCACAAGCAUUCGUGAUUCACUGCACCACCGUCUUGACCGAAGCAGGCAUUCAAGCUAUGCAGACAGCUGGAGCUCCGAUUAUGGGACACUCAAUCCAGGGAAGCUCUUGUGUGAUCGGUCCAGACGGUCGUAUCUUGAGCAAGAUGGACAACCCCAACGAGAAGCUCAUCAUUGCCGAUCUGGAUCUCAAUCUGAUCACCAAGACGAAGACCUUUGCCGAUGCUUCUGGUCAUUACUCCAGGCCGGAUUUGAUGUGGCUUGGUGUUGACGAGAAGACCAAACUCGUGAUACGCGACGCAUGAGGCGUGUAGGGGUGGAAUAUCAUAGCUGCGAUCAGGCUACCAGCUGUGUGCAUAGGUAGCGGGUCCGUCACAUGUAUUUACCGUUCUCUCUCUUUUCUCGCUACGAACCGUAUGAGACGCCGUGAUGCGAUCGGGGUUCUCUUUCAAUAAUACCAUGUACUCAGGAGUGCC